ACGCCGAGGGCAGAACAAUUGUGUUUUGGAUUCCUUGCCGUGCGGAUCGCAACGCGAGUUAUGAGAACGAAGUGAACUAACUCAGACAAAACUUACAACAACUGCGCUGGCAAAACAACAUUAUCAUUACAUGCACUAUUUUUUUUAACAGUGAAUUGAAUAUAUUGAAAAGGCAAAAAUUAAAAAAGUAAAAACAGAAAGAAACCAAAAACGAAACGAAGAAACGCAACGGAUUUUCAAAGUGUGAGCGUGUGCGAGUCGAGUUGAGGUUGAGUUGAGUUUUUUGAGAGUGUGUGUCUGUAAGCGUCGCCGUCGACGUCGCUGCUGUCGUGUGGAACAGAGCUGCCAGAUCGCGAGUUAUGAAAGCGCAAGCGUCGCAUGCAAGUAGCAAUAACAGCUACAACAACAACAAAAGCACCUAAGAACAGAGAGAACGUGAACAACAAAUUUAUAAGCGAAAUAUAUAUAUAUAUAUUAUAUAUUUUUGCUAUUCAAACGUUUUAUAAACGCCAAAAACAAAAAACCAGAAGAAAAUACUUUAAAAGAUGGAUAGCAGCAGCAGCGAGCAGAGUUUAAUCAACGGCGGAGCUUUGAAUUUCAAGCGGCCCAAGGAUGCGACGACCACGGAGAGCAACAACAACAAUAGCAGCAACAGUAAUGGCAACAACAGCAGCAGCGGCAGCCCCAAAAUGGGCAGCCGUCGCAUCUUCACGCCGCACUUUAAGCUGCAAGUCCUGGAAUCGUAUCGCAACGACAACGACUGCAAGGGCAACCAGCGGGCCACGGCUAGGAAGUACAAUAUCCACCGACGUCAGAUCCAAAAGUGGCUGCAAUGCGAGUCGAAUCUGCGCUCAUCGGUGGCCAACAAUCAGCAGCAGCAGCAACAGCAGCAGCAGCAACAUCCACAUCCGCAUCACCUUGCCCCCCAACAGUCGCAGCAGCAGCAGCAACUGUCGCCGCAGCAGUCUUCGUCCGUUUCGCCCACGCCCGUCAAGGUGUUCCAUCAGCUAAGCCAUCCUUUGGUCCAUCAGCUGCAUCAUGCCCACCAUGCCCACCAUGUCCAUGCCCAGGCUCAGGCCCAUCAUCAUCAUCAUCAUCAUCACCAUGCUGCCGCAGCGGCAGCAGCGGCGGCAGCAGCAGCAGCAGCAGCGGCAGCGGCCCAUCAUGCUCAUCAUCUGCUGGCCAAUGGCAUGGUGCCGCAUCCGCAUCCACUGGCGGCAGCCCAUCCGCAUCUGCAUGUGCCAGUGCCAGUGCAUCCGCAUAUGCAGCAGCCGGAGCAGGAGAAAAUGCAGCAGCAGCAACAGCAGGAGAAGAUGCAGCAAUUGCCUCCAGCAACCAAUGGUAGCAGCAAUAAUCAGCUUUCGGCGGCCAAGAUCGCAGCCGUGGUUGCGGCAGCCAUGGCCACCAGCACAAAUGCUAGCUCCAAUGCGACCAAUGGUAGCCCCCAUCCCCAUCCUCAGACCCUGCCUCAGCCCAGCCCCACCAGCGCCAAUACAUUGCCAUAUAGCAGCAGCGCCUGCAACAGCAGCAGCAACCCAAGCAACAGCAGCAGCAGCAACCAAGUGCCAACACAAGUGCCAAUCCUGGGCAGCAGCUCCCCGGGAAGCAGCAGUUCCGCCGUCAGUCACAUUCCACUCAUGCCUUAUCCCUACCAUGCCGCCGCCGCUGCCGCCUAUCACCUGGAGAGUCGCCUGGAAGCGGUGGCCACGCCUGCGCCCAUGGAUCUAUCCCUUGGCUCCUCUGCUCGUCGCCAAAUGCAGAUGCUAGAAAAGGAUGACCAGGAUGGUCAUACAACAGGGGCUGGUGUGGAUCUGACCUUCAGGAAGCGCAAGGUUAUCACCAUGCCGGUGCAGCCGGAUAAGAUCAGUAAGCUGGAGCAGACGGCCGCCAUUAAGUUGGAGCCGGAAACGGAGACGGAGAACGAGGAUGUGGAAGUGGAUGUGGAGACGGAGCAGCCAGAGGAGCACAACAACAAGCUGCCCUCCAAGCAGGUCAAGCUGUUCAAGCCCUAUUUACUGGAUGAUGAGGAGGAGCACGAGGACGAGCAUGAGCAUGAGGAGGACAGGGAGGAUCUAGAUGGCGAGGAGGAGGAGCAGGAGGCACGCGAUGCCGAUGCAGAUGAUGAUGAGGAGGAGUCCGAGAAGCAGCAGCAGCAAAAUCGCCGCCUUAAGAAGAAGGCAACGGUAUGCGAACAGAGGGAUCCCAUUAUUUGGAGCAAUCAUCCCUAUGCAGCGGUAUCGCCAGGACGCUCCUCCAGCUCUAGCUUUCAUUGCCCCCUGCAGACAUUUCCCGUCAGCGUCAGCUCCAGAGGGAGUCCUCCUCAGUUUCAGCACGAUACGAAAGCCAACAGCAGCAGCAGCAGCAGCAGCACAACACCCCUCAGCCCCUUCUCGGCGCCCGCCCUCUCGCCCACCGGCUUCUGCUGUCCCAAAGGAUCUCCCGUUUCCGGCUAUGAGAGCAGCUCCUCCACCUAUAGCGACAACAGCAGCAGCCGGAGCAGCACGGGCAGCGGCAGUCUCAGCGGCAACUACAGCCUCAACCUGCAGCUGCAUGCCGUCUACAACGACAACAACCUGAUGUACAUCCAGCAGCAGCAACAGCAGCAGUACCAGCAGCAGCAGCAGGCCCAUCACCAACAGCAGGCGCACCUGCAGCGCUGGCUGGAUCAGGAGCAGGCACUGGCCAGGACAGCGACGCCCCUGAUGCUCGCCUCGGGCAGCAGCCCCACGGCGCCCACGAACCUGACCCUGGUGGCCUGAAGGAAUUAAUACAAGAAUACUUAGCAGAAGGAGGAUAAGGAGUGGAGAGAGAGGAUAACGAGGAUACGGAGCAGCAAUCCCACCAAUCGGAAGUUAUGGCAGUCACUGGGCCUGGCCUUUUAGCUAUCUAAGCCAUCAUUUUUUUUAUUAGUAUUUUUAAUAUAUAUAUUUUAACUAGCACCUAAGUCUUACCUUAAAGAAUGUUAGGAUCGUAAGUGAAACAAAAACAUAUAUCUUCCAAGCAUAUCAGCAAAAAGAGAAAACACUAAAAAUAAACCCCGAAAGCAGCCCAUAGGUCUUAAGUUUAAAUACUUAUAUAUUUUAUUCUUUUUUUUUUUUUUUUGGCUACCAACUAAGAACAAAUUAAGCUUAAGUUGUGUAUUUUUUUUUUUUUUUUAAUGUGUGUCUGUUCUUUUUUUUCAAGUGUAAAUAAUUGUGUAAAAAAAUCAAGAAGCCAAGCGAAACAUUUGAAUUUUGCUAAAAAAAAAAAAAGGAAAGGAAUUUCAACGCUUAAAUUUAAUUUGUGAAGAGAGAGAGGGAGGGGGGUAAAAUGUGAGAAAAAUGCAACGCAGAGAAACUGAGAGAAAAAUUUGUUAAGAGUAAAACGCAAGCUUUAAAACACACACCAACACAACACACACAUACACGUUUGGAAAUUGAAAAUUGAAAAUUCUUGUGAUAUUGAAAAACAACAAA